GGCGGGGCCGCGUGUGCCAGUCCCAGAGCUAGCAGCUUCUGCGCGUCGGGAGAGCUCACCAGCGUCCCAGCCUGUUGGCCAACAGCCACCCCACAGGCGAAAACCUUGGUUCCUGGUCUCUGACUCUUGCCCAGAUUGCGAGCGCGUGGCACCAAGCGCAUCCUCAUCCAUGUCCCGGCUGGGUGAGCUAGAGGUGCUCGAAACCCGGGGCGUGUGAUGAGAGGCUGAGCGCGCGGCGGCCCCUGUCGCGUCCCGGUGAACCAGGCGCGGGAGGACCCGGAGCGCUCCAGCUCGGCUCACGGCGCGCGCGGGGCGGGGCGCGACUGGGGGGGCCCGGCCACCCGCGGGGAGCAGCCGAGGAGCAGGCGCGCUGCGGCCCCUAGAGAAGGCACGGUUAAAGUAUUGCCAUCAACUGUGAGCCCUGAGAGCCCGUCGAAAGCCUACACGCGAACUCUGCAGCCUCCCUCACGCCCCCGUGCCACCAAAGGCGGCGACACCUGAUCCAGCUCACAAACACAGGUCCCUUCGGUCCCGGAUACGAUUACGCGGCACAGACACACUCAAACUCACGCGCAGCAGCCUAGGGAAGAGCUAUGAAGUCUUACACUCUGUAUUUCAUGCUCCUGUGGAGCGCUGUUGGGAUAGCGAGGGCUGCCAAAAUCAUCAUCGUGCCGCCAAUUAUGUUUGAAAGCCAUAUGUACAUUUUCAAGACGCUAGCCUCAGCCUUGCAUGAGAGGGGCCACCGCACAGUGUUCCUCCUUUCUGAAGGCAGAGACAUCGCCCCAUCUAAUCAUUACAGCCUUCAGCGCUACCCAGGGAUCUUCAACAGUACCACCUCGGACGCUUUCCUGCAGUCGAAAAUGCGGAAUAUUUUCUCUGGGAGAUUGACAGCAGUCGAACUGUUUGACAUACUGGAUCAUUAUACUAAGAACUGUGACAUGAUAGUUGGCAACCAAGCCCUAAUCCAGAGUCUGAAAAAAGAAAAGUUUGAUUUGCUGCUGGUAGACCCAAAUGAUAUGUGUGGAUUUGUGAUAGCCCAUCUUUUAGGGGUUAAAUAUGCUGUAUUUUCAACUGGCCUUUGGUAUCCUGCUGAAGUGGGAGCUCCUGCUCCAUUAGCUUACGUCCCAGAGUUUAACUCACUCCUCACAGACCGCAUGAACUUGCUGCAAAGGAUGAAAAAUACCGGCGUUUACCUCAUUUCCAGAUUAGGGGUCAGCUUUCUGGUUCUUCCCAAAUAUGAAAGGAUAAUGCAGAAGUACAACCUGCUGCCGGAGAAGUCCAUGUAUGAUUUGGUUCAUGGGUCCAGCCUGUGGAUGCUGUGUACUGACGUGGCACUGGAGUUUCCAAGACCCACUCUGCCUAACGUUGUUUAUGUAGGAGGAAUCCUCACCAAACCGGCCAGCCCACUACCAGAAGAUCUCCAAAGGUGGGUAAAUGGUGCUAAUGAACAUGGCUUUGUCCUGGUGUCUUUUGGAGCUGGUGUCAAGUAUUUGUCAGAAGAUAUUGCUAACAAACUGGCAGGAGCUCUGGGAAGAUUGCCUCAAAAAGUGAUUUGGAGGUUUUCUGGAACCAAACCAAAGAAUCUAGGAAACAACACAAAACUAAUAGAGUGGUUACCGCAAAAUGACCUGCUUGGGCAUUCAAAUAUUAAAGCCUUCCUGAGCCAUGGUGGUUUGAACAGUAUUUUUGAAACUAUGUAUCAUGGUGUGCCUGUAGUGGGCAUCCCACUUUUUGGAGACCAUUAUGACACUAUGACCCGGGUACAGGCAAAAGGCAUGGGAAUAUUGCUAGAGUGGAAGACAGUUACUGAAGGAGAGCUUUAUGAAGCAUUGGUGAAAGUUAUCAAUAACCCCAGCUACCGUCGGAGAGCUCAGAAGCUUUCAGAAAUUCACAAGGAUCAACCUGGUCACCCUGUCAAUCGGACUGUCUAUUGGAUAGAUUACAUUCUUCGUCACAAUGGAGCCCAUCACCUACGUGCCGCUGUCUAUCAAAUUUCUUUCUGUCAGUAUUUUUUACUGGAUAUUGCCUUUGUGCUUUUGCUUGGUGCUGCCUUGUUUUACUUCCUCUUCUCCUGGGUGACCAAAUUUACCUACAGAAAAAUCACCAGUCUGUGGCCUAAAAAUAAGCAUAGCACUGUUAAUGGACAUUACCACAACGGACUCCUCAAUGGCAAAUACAAAAGAAAUGGUGAUAUUAAACAUGAAAAGAAGGUGAAAUGAGCCAGCAGCCCAGGUGAUGACAACAAAUCUGUUCAGUCAUUGAAUUUUUAUUGCUAGAAAUUAGUUUAACAGCUACUAAAAGUAAAAUGUCAGCAAACAAUUCUAACACUUCCUUAUCAGAUCUUACUAAUGAAUUUCUGUGGAAUUAAGAUGGCUGUACAAAGCACAAACCUAAAAUGCGAAAAUGUAUUUGGUUCAAAUACUGAUGCAGAAAGUUUUGGCACUGAACCUUUUAGAAGCCUUAAUUAUUUAAAUUAAUUGUAUCAGACUUUAGUUUUAAAUGUUGAUAUGUGUGUGUCACGGAUAAAGAAUGGUUUCUUUUCUCGUACUAAGAGGUGUGUGUGUGUGUGUGUGUGUGUGUGUGUGUGUGUUUCUGUGUCCUAAUUCAGAGAAUUUUAUCUGGCUGCUUGCUAUAUUUGUUGAGGGUACAACACAUUCAUGAAUGAAGUAGUAAGACAGUCAGGAUCCAGAUGUCUCUCAUAGCUUUUCCUAUAGCAUUAACAUGUGAACUCAGAACACUACAUCAGAGAACACUUCCCUCAAAACUGAAUACAGAGGAAGUAAAUGAAAAGAUAAAUGGCUCAGUUUUUUGUCCUUUUUGUUUAUUUUAUUUUUGUUUUGUUUUGUUUUCCUUUUCUUACCAACUAUGGACACUUCUGGGGGAAAAUGUGUAAUUAAAAAAAUGUAUAAAUCAGUUGUCACAUUUUCCUCCUACUAAUAAUUUUCCUCUGGAAGAAUUUUAUUAUUUUUUUCCUAUUUUUAUUUUAACAAGUUACAUUUUGUUCAAUGCAUAAUGAAGACAAAGCAGCAAACUCUGACUUUUGUUCAGAAUACUAGAGAUUAUGGCAUUUUAAAAUAAGGCCAUUGCUUGAAUGUUUAUGUGACUGAUGGCUUUUCUGUGAUGUAAGUUUUGAAUAUUUAGAUGUUACAAACCCAAAGUUCUAAUUUUUGAAACAUCAUCUUUUUCCCUUUUAUUUUCUGGGCCACACUCUAUUGUACAUAGGUGCCAACAGUUAUUUCUUUUAAACAGAACAUUAAACGGUUCUCAUUAUUGGUACCUGCUUUGUCUGCAGAAGUUGUAGAAUUUGCUGGUAUACAGAGGUGACAGAAAUAGAGCCACUUGUUUGUAAAGAUAAGUUCUUCUUUCCCUCCUUGGUCCUUCAGCCUCACUUUGGCAGCCUUUUUCCAGUCAUUGUGACUGACAUGGAAUAGUGACAGUAUUCAUGUAGAACAGGGAUGCAAGUCACAGACAUCAUAAAACCAGGACCUCCCUGCUGGACCAUUUACUAUUAUUUUUUCCAUGUCAUUCUGUUUACUUAGUAUUUGCACUACACCUGUUGAGUGUAUGCUUUAUUUAUUUGUAGUUUGAAAUCCUAUGAUUGACAUCUGAAAAAUGCAACAUUUACCUAAUGUCAUUCACUAACAGAAGAGUUAUGAAAAUUCUAGAAUGCUAUAAAUCCUUGUCAUACACUAUGACAUACAACUUCAUUAUACUCCCACCAGGAGCCACUUUCCUGUACUUAGAAAUAAUGUCACAAGUAGUUUUCUAAUGUACAAUACAGACAAACGUACUGCUCUCUGAAUACUUGAAGAAAUGGUAUUACACAUAUAAGCCUAUUAUACCUUUUCACAAUCUUAUAAUAAUGUUGCCGUUAAAAGGGACAAAAGAAUACAUAGGCAAUGAAUGGUGGGAUGGUAACGGGGCUUAGAGUGUAUGAAUGAGUUGAUUUUACUUUCUUGGAAUUUGAUGAAGUUAACAGGCACUGACUGGAUGAUUAUAACUUAAUCUCCACUGUGAUAAAAACUUAAACAAUAAACAUGAUUUAAAAUAGAGAAAUGUUGUUGGAAUAAAAUUUUUAUUCAGAUUUUA